GGAGAACAGUAGUUGCACUCUUGUUCAGGCUGCAGAGGAGAACGGACCGGUGGUGGGGAUCUGGGUUUGGAGCAUUGAACCAUCAGCAGAAUGUUUGGCAGUUUGCUAAAAGAUUUCGAAGAGGAUCCAUUCUUUUCUGAUCCAUUCCGUGCACACCAAGAGCAUGUGCGCCAAAUGAUGAGAAGCUUCUCUGAUCCUUUUGGACGUGAUCCAUUCUUCAGUACCACAGAUGGUAGAUCUCGAGGUCGGAGGGGGCAGGAAGAUACCCAGGUGGCUCUGAGGGAAGAUCACAGAGCCUCAAGUCUUUGCCAUAUGCCCCAUCAGGGUUUUAGUAACAUGCAGUCUUCUGACUUAAUGGAUCCUUUUCACUCUAUGGAUAACAUGAUGACAAACAUGCGGAACAGAAUGUUAAACAUCCACAAACAAUUUGAAGGAUUAGCGGACAAUCCAGACAGCCACCUGUUUAGCAGUUCUUCAGUUAUGACAUAUUCCAAGGUUGGAGAUGAACCUCCAAAAAUCUUCCAAGCAACAAGCCAAACCCGUAAAGCUCCUGGGGGUAUCAAAGAAACAAAGAAAGCUAUUCGAGAUUCUGAGACUGGUAUUGAAAAAAUGGCUAUUGGCCAUCACAUUAAAGACCGAGGUCAUGUGAUCAAGAAAUCUGUGAACAACAAAACAGGGGAUCGUGAAUUAAACCAAGAAUUCCUGAACAUAGAUGAAGAGGAAGCGCCACAGUUUAAUGAUGAAUGGGUAAAUGAGAUCUCCAAAUACACACCAGCAGAAGAAAAGCCCAAGAUUAAAGCUCAAGAGAAGCAAAAAAGUGUUCACCAUGCAAAAAUAGGAACUCGAGAUCUGGCAAGACGGGAUAGAUGUAUUUCAAAAAUGGUCAUCUAGAACAACACAUGUCUGUGGAGCACGAUUGGAUCCUCUGUAACAUCAAAUCAAAAAUAAAUGAGUGAAACGUACAUUUGAUUUGUUUUGCUAUUUAUUUAGGGGAACACUUGGCGCUAUUUAAAGUUAAAUCUUCAUGAUGUAAAGUAAACCAAACAAAUGCUCAUUCGAGGUUGAUUCAUCAUUCUUGAUAAUAAAGCCCAAUGAGUCACCGUCGUCACACUUGGACAAUUAAAUGAAUUCCAUUUACUGCUAGAAAGGACUAAGAUUUCAUUAUUUUCUUGUUUCAAGGCAUAAAUGUGCAAAAUCAUUUUCAUAAAGGGAGUACAAGAUUUGGCUUUGAUAAAUGACAAAUAGUAAACUAUAUUAGUUGUGUAGGAAUGUAUAUUAGUCUGUUUUUUGUGGUCAUUGGCCUAGAUUUAUGAUUUGGAGCUUGCCAGUCAGACAAUACUCUUCAAUGUCUGUGUUCCUAUGGAGCAAGUUUACUAAUUGCCUAAUUUUAGUGACUCUAUCCGGGAUCUAUCUUGCAUCUAUCUACACAUAUAGAUUUGUUUUUUUUUUUAUAGGGACACUGCCAAAUGAAUUUGAAUACAAAUAUAGUGAAAUAAAUAAUUGUAGCAUAAUUUUGCAUUUAAAAAGUGAAGGAUUUCUUCUGUGUUGCCUCAAAGAGAUUUCUAUAUGUCAGGGGUCAGCAACCUACAGUGUGCAUGCCGUUUCUGGCAGAGUGAUUUUUGUUUUUUUAAUAACGUGGUGAGGGGUGAGGCUGAAAAAUAUUAAUGGUUCCAACCACAGGUACGUGAAAUCAAAGCAAGCCCCUCUGUUAGCUACAUACCCACAUCAGAUUCCAGGAUGACUCUGUAGUCUAGCUGCCAGCCACAUAAACCACAAUAGAUAAGACCCAUGGCCCUGCAGCCCCUGUGUUAGCUACAUACCCACAUCAGAUCCCACUCUGAACCCCCCCCCUGUAUUCUAGCUAACACAGGGGCUGCAGGGACAUGGGUCUUAUCUAAUGUGGUUUAUGUGGCUGACAGCUAGACUGUACGGUCAGGGUGGAAUCUUAUGUGGUUACGUAGCUAACAGAGGGGCUGCAGGGCCAUCGGUCUGAUCUAUUGUGGUUUAUGUAUCUGAUAGCUAGACUACAGGGACGGGUGAUAUCUGAUGUGGGUAUGUAGCUAACAGAGGGGCUGCAGUGCCAUGGGUCUGAUCUAAUGUGGUUUAUGUGGCUGACAGCUAGACUACAGGGUCAGGGUGGGAUCUGAUGUGGGUAUGUAGCUAACAGGGGCUGCAGGGCCAUGGGUCUGAUCUAAUGUGGUUUAUGUGGCUGACAGCUAGACUACAGGGUCAGGGUGGGAUCUGAUGUGGGUAUGUAGCUAACAGGGGCUGCAGUGCCAUGGGUCUGAUCUAAUGUGGUUCAUGUGGCUGACAGCUAGACUACAGGGUCAGGGUGGGAUCUGAUGUGGGUAUGUAGCUAACAGAGGGGCUGCAGUGCCAUGGGUCUGAUCUAAUGUGGUUUAUGUGGCUGACAGCUAGACUACAGGGUCAGGGUGGGAUCUGAUGUGGGUAUGUAGCUAACAGGGGCUGCAGGGCCAUGGGUCUGAUCUAAUGUGGUUUAUGUGGCUGACAGCUAGACUACAGGGUCAGGGUGGGAUCUGAUGUGGGUAUGUAGCUAACAGGGGCUGCAGUGCCAUGGGUCUGAUCUAAUGUGGUUCAUGUGGCUGACAGCUAGACUACAGGGUCAGGGUGGGAUCUGAUGUGGGUAUAUAGCUUACAGAGGGGCUGCAGGGUCAGGAGUCUGAUCUAAUGUGGUUUGAGGCUGGCAGCUAGACUACAGGGUCAGGGUGGGAUCUGAUGUGUGUAUGUAGCCAACAGGGGCUGCAGGGCCAUGGGUCUGAUGUCAUGUGUCUGACUGCUAGACUGCAAGGUUGGAGUGGAAUCUGAUGUGGGUAUGUAGCUAACAGAGGGGCUGCAGGGCCAGGUGUUUGAUCUGAUAUGGGUACAGGUGUGACACAAGGGCUACAGGACCAGAGGCUGCCAGAUCAGGGGUCUCGUGUAAUGUAGGUAUGAGGCUGACAGAGGGGCAGCAGGGCACAGUGUUUGAUCUGCUGUGGGUACAGGCAUGUUUGUAUUGUUCUUUAAGCACCAUGCUUAAAAAGGUUUGCUGAACCCUGAUCUACGUAGGGAAAUCUUAAAGGACCAGUAAACACAGUAGAUUUGCAUAAUCAACAAAUGGAAAUGAAAUGGAACUUAGUCUGAACUUCAAAUGAGUACUAGUAGACUUUUUUCUGUCAAAUUUCAGAGUUAUAUCUAUUUCCACUCCCCCCCUGUAUCAUGUGACAGCCAUCAGCCAUUCACAAAUGCAUAUACGUAUAUUCUGUGAAUUCUUGCACAUGCUCAGUAGGAGCUGGUGACUCAAAAAGUUUAAAUAUAAAAAGACUUUGCACAUUUUGUUAAUGGAAGUAAAUUGGGAAGUUUUUUAAAAUUGCCUGCUCUAUCUGAAUUAUAAAAGUUUAAUUUUGACUUGAGUGCCUUUUUAAUAAAGAAACAUAAGCAUUGCUUUGAAACAUCGAAAGCUGUAUUUCUAAAAUUAGUAGAUGAUUACUAACAAUAAAUGUGCUUUAAAGGGUCCUUCUAAUGUAAAAAAUAUUUUGUUAGAACUUUUUUGUUUCUAAACAGAUUCCAUCCUCUUACCUAAACUCUAUUAAAAGAGUUAAACAUGGAUUCAAAGUUGUUACAACCUGAAAUACCAGAUGAGGAUAUGGUCAGUGACUUUAUGUAUGCUUGCUGUUGAUUGGCUUGCCUGUUGUAUCCUCAUCUGGGAUGGCAUGUGAACUCAACUUUGACCAUUUAUUAAAACUAAAUGCAUGGGUUCAACAACUUGUAAAAUAAACAAAUCUGUUUACAAAUAAAAUAUUGCACCAGAUUAUUAUUUUUUAAGCUAUUACUUGUUUGAAACCAUCUGUCUGUAUCCCUUGAAAUAAUCAGCGCACAGGCUUAUUUUUUUAUCAAAUGAAAAAAAGUCCAGCAAGAGAACCAUUGACCGUUAUUAACCCAUCUAGGUCCAACGUAUUCACUUGAUCGUAUCUAUGGGAAAUGGUAAUCCAUACCCAUACCUGAAUUAAGACAAUCAAGAUUGGUGCUGUUUCUACUUUGUAUAUUUGGGAAAAAAACUUAUAUCAAUAUAAUAACAAGGAUGUGUGCUACUUAAUCAUUAUACAUUUGAACAAGUCAGUAAAUAGCAUAUGGACUUUUACAAUUGAAUAUUUAUUUGUUGUCAGUUUUAUAAAGAAAUAUUAUAAUUUAUAAUAAUCUUUACGUUCUAUUAUGUCUUGUUACACAAUAUCAGUAGUAUUUUAAACACACACAUUCUAUAUUGUGAGACAGAACAACAUUUUAAACAAAGCUGAAUGGUAAUAGAUUCUGAUAACAGUAAUACUGUAUUUGUAUGUUGAUUGCCCAGAUGUCAUGUAAUCAUUUGCAUAAUCACUUAGAAAUUAUUGUGUCAUUACUUAAAGGGAUAUUAAACAGUAAAUACAUUCUAGACUUUUUGAUGUAUUCAGCGCAAAGGUUAACCAUAGAAUAAAACGUAGAUGCAUUUUUUUCCAGUUAUAUUAGUUGUUUAAAUAUUGAAGAGAAGUGUAAAGGUUUAGUUUCUAUAAAAUACUUUAGAACAUGUCAUUGUAAAACCAGCAACCCUACACUCCUAUAUUUAACCCCCGCAGGUCCCAGCCAGCAGCAUGAGUUUCCGCUCAGGACCUGCAGUGCUCUGUGGUUUCAAACAGUAUUUCUUAUAUCCAUAAUGAAUGCCUCUGCCAGGCUCAUCUUCCUUGCACGUCGCUCUUCGUCUGCCGCACCUCUCUGCCAAUCCCUUCACUGGCUUCCUCUUGCCUCCAGGAUUAAACACAAAAUUCUCACUCUGACACACAAAGCCCUCAAUUGCACUGUUCCCCCCUACAUCUCAGACCUUGUCUCCAGAUACUUUCCCUCCCGUCCCCUUCGCUCCGCUCAUGAUCUCCUACUGUCCUUCUCUCUUGUUACCUCCUCACAUACCCGUCUUCAAGAUUGACUCCCAUCUUAUGGAACUCUCUGCCUCGCUCCACAAGAAUCUCCCCUAGUUUUAAAAGCUUCAAGUGCUCCCUGAAUACUCUACUAUUCAGGGAUGCUUACAACCUACACUAACCUUCCUAUCUCCACUGCUAUCCCCUAAAACCCCAUAGCAUGUAAGCCUAUGAGCCCAACUGUUUGUAGCUCAUCUUCAUAAGAGCCGACUUCAACAGUGCAACUCUCGGCAGGACCCUCUCUCCCCAUUUGAUACCUGUAAUCGUUUUUAUAUACCACCUAUGUUCAUAGCGCUGCGGAACCUGUUGGCACUCUUCAAAUACCUGAUGAUAAUAAUAAUAAUUAUUAUUAUAUGCGUUUAACCCCUUUGCAGAGAAAAUAUAUUCCCGACAACCUUGUUUUCACAGUCUCUUUUUUACUGGCUGUAUUAUAUGUGUACUUAAUUGUCCCCAGCAGAAGAGAUCGAAAGAAAAAGCAGAUCAAACAUGAGAGCACCCAUUGGUUUCCUAAAUUCCACUGAGAUUUUCAGAGUUACAGGAAAAGGGGGUAAAAUAAAUUAUUGUGAAGUUGUUGUUUUUCAACUGCAUAUAGUUAAACAUUUUUUGUUACAACCUGAUAUUGUUUAAUAUCCCUUUAAGUAGAUGUUGUGCUCUGUAUGUAUAAAAUAUUGUCUGUUUUUAUGGUACAUUUCUGAAGUCGUCUUUAUAUAUCUUGGAAUACUGGUUAAUUUCAUUUGUUAUUUGUCUGUGCAUGUGAUGUGGGGUUGGUUAAAGCUUUAAGUAAGGACUGUUCAUUAAUAUUUAGCAUUUCACAAAGACAAAAGUUUUGGAUUAAUUGUAAAGCUGGAACAGAUACCAAUAUAUGCAUUAGAUUCUCAAUUGUGAAAUGAUUAAUACUAGUGUGGAGGGGGAAGGGCAAUUAAUCAGCUUGACAAGAAUUUUUUUUUUAUAUAUUUUUGAAACUAAGAACCAACUUGGUUCUGAAUUUAUUAAUCUACAAUAUUAAUAAAAUACACCAAUUAUUGAUUAAACUUUGCGCAAGUGAAUGGUUAAAUCAAUUGUGUUUAACUGGAAUUAUUCUUGAAAUGGAAAAACAACCUGUGUAAAGAUUUUAGGAUAUUAUGUACAUUUUGUUUCUUGGUUUAAAUCCUGUAAUAUUACUGAAUAAAUUUCAAUCUUUUUGACACA